UAUCUGAGGGCGGGGCCUGUUUAGGGAAAACGUCUUCAUGUCAAGCGUUCUUGAAAGCUGUCACGUGUGAACACGGCUUUCUAAUAGCCGCCAUACAGGACCGAGCAGCAGGCCCUCCCCGCAGUCACGAGCUCUGCCGCCACUUCCGCUCAGUGCUCGUGGACCCGCACGUCCCUCCCGCCAUGCUCUCCCGGCUGCUCAAGGAGCACCAGACCAAACAGAACGAGAGGAAGGAGCUGCAAGAGAAGAGAAGAAAGGAGGCCAUUGCUGCGGCUACCACCCUGACAGAGGCUCUAGUAGAUCAUCUGAAUGUGGGUGUGGCCCAGGCUUAUGUGAAUCAGAGAAAGUUGGACCAUGAAGUGAAGACACUGCAGAUUCAGGCCGCACAGUUUUCAAAGCAGACGACGCAGUGGAUCAGUCUGGUGGAAAACUUCAAUCAGGCGCUGAAAGAGAUUGGCGACGUGGAGAACUGGGCCAGAAGUAUUGAAAAGGACAUGCGCAUAAUCGCCAGUGCUUUGGAAUAUGUGUAUAAAGGCCAACUCCAGCCUUCUGCCUCCUGAGCUGCAGCACAAUAGGGACUCCCGCAGCCUAAUGACUUCUAUGCCACAAUCUCUUGGGAUGACUUUGAAGAAGGAAUCUCUAGUUCUUGUGGCUUAGCUUUGGCUUUUUGAUAUGCUGAACGGUUUAUUGUGCCAUCCUACCAAGGUUGCAUAAUGAUUUCAUUUUGCAAUAAUAUCUUGUAAGAGAGGACUAACAUGGAAGUAUUAUACUACAUCUUAUGGGAAAUAGAAUAUUUAGCAAUGAAUAGCUUAGACUACUUUCACACUCGCGUUUUGGCUUUCCGUUUGUGAGAUCCGCCAUGGGCUCUCACAAGCGGUCCAAAACGGAUCAG